AUGGCCACUGCCUCCAUAAUGGACCUUUCUCGGUUUGCCUCCUCCUCCGGACCGCAAACAAAGAAAUUGAAACUAGCACCAAGAACAUACGACCAAUUUCAACCAGGAAGCAUCGUGAAGAUCAAAUUGCAAAAUUUCGUCACUUAUAGACUAACGGAAUUCAACCUAUCCCCAUCUUUGAACAUGAUCAUUGGACCCAAUGGGUCAGGGAAAUCCACUUUUGUAUGCGCUGUUUGUCUUGGACUCGCCGGUAAACCGGAAUUCAUUGGCAGAGCAAAGAGAGUGGACGAUUUUAUUAAGAACGGGGAAGAUACUUCCAGGAUUGAAAUCUUUUUGAAGAAUUACGAAGACCCCACUGAACUGCAAUCUUCUUUGAAUUUGAAGUUUAAUCUCGCGGGGAAAGAUCUGUUGAAAGUCACUAGACUCAUUCAAAGAGAUGGGAAUAAGUGUAAAUCAGAUUAUUUCAUUAAUGAUAAACCAGUUACGGAAAAUGUUAUUAAGAACCUUGUCAAGUUCCUUAAUAUUCAAUUGGAUAACCUUUGCCAAUUUUUAUCGCAGGAACGUGUGGAAGAGUUUGCACGUUUGAAAUCGGAUAAAUUGUUGGUGGAGACUGUCAGAUCCAUUGAUGCACAAUUAUUGCAAAUAUUGGAUGAUUUAAAGUCCAGUCAGAAUGAUGAAACUACAUUAGAGAAUGAAGUGGAUAUUAAACAGAAAAGAUUUAAUGAAUUGGAAACGGAUCGUAAUAAAUUGGAAGCCUCAGUGAGAUCAUUGAAGGAGUUUGAAACAAUGAAAGAAGAUAUUGAAAUACAUAAGAAACUUUUACCCUACGUUAAAGUGAAAGAUCAUAAGGAAAAUCUUCAAAGAUUGAAAGGUGACUAUGAAUUGGCAAAACAAAAUCUUAGAGCAUUAUUGAAAGAUAAGAAGCCCUUCGUAGACACUAAAUUGGAUAUGGAGACUAAAGUGGAUGAAUUUGCUGAAAAUAAAAGAUCCAAGGAAGAGGAAUUGAAAUUGACAAGAAAUAAAUUAAUGAACGUAUUCAAUGAUUUGAAAGUUGUUAGAGAAAAUAUUAUUAAGAAACAAACACAAACUGCAUAUUAUAAAACUAGAACGAAGAAAUUACAUGAAGAGAUGGCAAAGACUAAAGAAACUUUGGAAGCCAACCAAACCAAAUUGACCCAAAUUGCGUUACCUGACGCAACACUCCUGGAAGAAAUUGAGAAAAAAAGAUCUGCUUUACUUGAUGAGGAUUCAAACGUUAGAAAUAAAAUGGGUGAUAUAGAUAAUAAGGCAAAUUCCAUCAAUCAUGAAAUUAGACAACUGACUAGACAAGCUGAAAAUAAAGUGAAAAGUUUGACUGGGACAGAUAAAAUUGGCAUAUUGGACUUGGAUCGAAGUUUCAUAGAAAUCAAAAGAGCUGUUCAAUAUAUUAGAACAAUACCUGCAAUGAAGGGGAAAGUGUUAGAACCACCAUUAAUGACCGUUUCUGCCAAACAUCCACAAUUUGCAAAAUAUUUGGCCAAUAGUGUUGAUUUUAACACCAGCAUUGCAUUAACCAUGAUAGACUCUAACGCAUAUGAACAAUUCAAUGAUCAAAUAUUGAAGCAAUUUAGAAUCAAUUUAAGAGAAAUAUCAAACCGUGAAUCACAGCAACCUAUGCCCCGUGAGCAACUAGCGCAAUAUGGGUUUGAAGGUUACCUUUCUGAUUUUGUUACAGGUGAUACCAAUGUUAUUAACAUGCUUCGUCAAAUCAAUAAUAUUCAUACCAUCCCGGUCUCCAGAAAAGAGUUAACUCCACGACAAUUGGAAAGAUUAUUACAACCUGGUCCAAAUGGUAAAGUUUUAUUUAGAAGAGCUCUACAUGGUGAUAGAGUCUUUGAUAUAAGGCAAUCAUCCUACACAGGUCAAAUUUAUUCUGUUGAUUCUUCAUUGAAACCAACUAGAUACUAUCAAUCUUCCAUAAUAUCAGAUGAGCAAAAGAAUAGAAUUGAAGAAGAUGUGAGAAAAUUAAAAUCGCAAGUCGAAGAAAGGAAAGCUAAAUUGGAAAACUUAUCUAAUGAAAGAGGAGAAUUUAAACAUCAAUUGUCAAGUAUCGCCAGGGAAAAUGAACGUAUUUCUCAAAAAGGCCAUGAAUUGAAUGAAGUAAGAAAGCAAUAUUCUAUGGUAAAAUCCACCAUUGAAAGUUUGGAAUCCAAAUUUCAGGAAUUAAACAACGAUGCAAGAAAGGAUGUUUCCCAAAAAAUUAAGGCUGUAGAAGCGUCUAUUUCCAAAGAAUUGAAAAUUCAAACUGAUUUAUUAAAACAAAUGGUUGGUCUUAUGGGCAAUGUAAACUCUUGUCAAAAGGAAUUGUUUAAGGCUGACCUUGAAUAUUUGGAAGCAAAAAAUAACGACGUCUCAAUGAAUGAUGUUAUUGGAUUUUUCAAUGAUCGUGAAGAUGAAUUAAAGAAAGAAUUUGAGACGAAAAGGGAGACUGUUAGACGUUUGAGGGAUACUGAAGAAUACCAACAAUGGAUACGACAGAUCCGAUCAUAUGACGACAGUACAAGAGAAAAGUUGAAUGACUAUGCAGAGGGUUAUGAAAAGGACGGUACAUUCAACGUAACGCAUAUCACCGAAAUCAUCGAUAAGUUGGAGUCUGAAAUUUCCAUGAUUAAUCAUGAUGCAUCAUCCAUUACUAUUUUGAAGCAAGUGGAGAAGGAAAUAUCACAAUUGGAAGAAACGCUGCCGAAACAACAAGUAGAAUUGAAAUCCAUUAAAGAAAAGAUAAAACAGGGAAGAUCCACUUUAGAACCAAAAUUGGACGAAAUAAUUGAAAAAAUUUCCACAAGAUUUUCUCGUUUAUUCAAGAAUGUUGGCAGUGCAGGUGCUGUCAACCUUGUCAAGCCACAUCAGUUUUCUGAAUGGAAAAUUGAGAUCAUGGUUAAGUUUAGAGAUAACGCUACUUUGAAAAGAUUGGAUUCCCACACUCAAUCGGGUGGUGAAAGGGCAGUUUCCACUGUUUUAUAUAUGAUUGCACUACAAGAGUUUACUUCUGCUCCAUUUAGAGUUGUCGAUGAAAUCAAUCAAGGUAUGGAUGCUAGAAACGAAAGAAUUGUUCAUAAAGCUAUGGUUGAGAACGCAUGUGCGGAAAACACAUCACAAUAUUUUUUAAUUACCCCUAAAUUAUUAACUGACCUACAUUACCACGAGAAGAUGAGAAUCCAUUGUGUUAUGGCUGGUUCUUGGAUACCUAAUCCAUCCGAGGAACCAGAAAUGGUUCAUUUCGGUGAGACUUCCAACUAUGUCUUCUAA